CUUCCAGAUGGAUAUGAUACUGAUAUUUCUGGUUUGCACACUUCUCUAAGUGGUGGCCAAAUUCAGCGUUUAGCCAUUGCUCGUGCCUAUCUUGGAGCUGAAUCUGGAAUGUUGAUUUUAGACGAAGCAACAAGUGCUUUAGACACAUCUACAGAACGGCUUGUCAUGAACUCCUUGAUCGAGUCUCGAAAAAACAAGACAAUACUUUGUGUUUCCCAUCGCGUUGCCUCGCUUACAGAGUUUACUCGCAUUAUUGUAUUCAAGGAGGGGCAUGUUGCCGAAGAUGGAUCAUUUGAAAAACUAACUGAAUCUCAAACAAUAUUCAAAACACUUUUGGAAACUCGCCAAACU